CGGCCAUGGACCUGCCAAACAGGUUACAAUUCUAGACACGCACACCGCGUCAGUAGGUUGUAGUCAAUGAGCAGACGCCGGUGGUCGCGGUAGACUCAAAAACCACAUUUAAGUGAAUUAAAAACAUUAUAUUUGUUACAUAAUAGUUGUAAACAAUGUGGCAGCCACAAGGGAGUUUGGAUCCAGUAUUAGAGUCGAUUGAGAAUGACCUUCGCCAGCAGGUGCAGGAGGCACGUUCGAAAUGGUCGAACUUUGCCCCUCGGCUUGCCAUCGUGCAGGUCGGCGGCCGCGAGGACUCCAACGUCUACAUCAGGAUGAAGCUCAAGGCCGCGGAGAACAUCGGCAUCACCGCUGAACACGUCAAACUACCUCGGGACAUCACUGAAACAGAGCUCCUGGCGAGGAUCACGGAGCUGAACGAGUCUCCCGACGUGCACGGCAUCAUAGUCCAGAUGCCACUGGACUCCGCGCACCCCAUCGACUCCCACAGGAUCACCGACGCCGUGUCCCCUGACAAGGAUGUUGAUGGCCUGAACACAAUCAACGAGGGUCGUGUGGCUGUAAAUGACUUCUCCGGGUUCAUCCCGUGCACGCCGGCCGGCUGUGUGGAGCUGAUCAAGCGCUCGGGCGUGGAAAUCGCCGGCAAGAACGUGGUGGUGCUGGGCCGCAGCCGCAUCGUCGGCACCCCCGUCUCCGAGCUCCUCAAGUGGGAACACGCCACCGUCACCGUCUGCCACUCCAAGACCAAGAACUUGAGCGAAAUCACGAAAACAGCUGACAUUCUUGUAGUAGCCAUCGGUAGGGGAGAAAUGGUCCGCGGCUCAUGGAUCAAGCCUGGCGCGGUAGUCAUCGAUUGCGGCAUCAACCCCAUCGCAGAUCCGACAAAGAAGAGUGGCCAGCGUUUGGUGGGCGACGUAGCGUAUGGUGAGGCGGUGCAGGUGGCGUCGCACGUGACGCCGGUGCCGGGUGGAGUGGGCCCCAUGACCGUCGCGAUGCUCAUGAAGAACACCGUGCUGGCCGCACGCAGACAGCUCGACCGCUUACUCGCACCCACUUGGCCACUACGACCACUAAGGAUUACUCCACUAUCUCCUCCACCCAGCGACAUAGUGAUCGCGCGCUCGCAGAAACCGAAGGACAUUAGCGAGCUGGCUCAUGAGAUCGGGCUGUUCUCGAACGAGGUGUCGCAGUACGGCCGCACCAAGGCCAAGAUCUCGCUCUCCGUGCUCGACAGGAUGAGGAACCAGCAGAGCGGGAAGUACAUCGUGGUUGCCGGUAUCACCCCGACCCCCUUGGGCGAGGGUAAGAGCACCACCCUGCUGGGGCUGGUGCAAGCUCUGUCAGCGCACCGCGGCCGUAACUCAUUCGCUUGCAUGCGCCAGCCCAGCCAGGGACCCACCUUCGGAGUCAAGGGAGGUGCUGCUGGUGGUGGAUACUCACAGGUUAUUCCCAUGGAAGAGUUCAACCUCCACUUGACUGGUGACAUCCACGCCGUCACAGCGGCUAACAAUCUCCUCGCUGCUCAAAUGGACGCCAGGAUUUUCCACGAGCUGACCCAAAAGGACGGACCUCUGUUCGACCGGCUGGUGCCCAAGAUCAAGGGCGUCAGGAAGUUCUCGCCGAUCCAGCUGAGGAGGCUGCAGCGGCUGGGCAUCCAGAAGACAGACCCUGACACCCUCACGGACGAGGAGAAGGCUAAGUUUGCUAGACUUAACAUCGAUACCACUAAAAUUAUGUGGAACAGAGUGGUGGACUUGAACGACAGAUACCUCCGUAAGAUCACGAUCGGUCAGUCGCCCACUGAGAAGGGCUUCACCCGCGAGACUGCCUUCGACAUCUCCGUGGCUUCGGAGAUCAUGGCCAUCCUCGCCCUGGGCAAGGAUGUCGACAACAUCAAGGAGAGGCUCGCCAACAUGGUCGUGGCCCUAGACAAGAGCGGCAACCCUGUUACCGCUGAUGACCUGGGUAUGACGGGAGCCUUGCUGGUACUUCUGCGCGAUGCCUUCGAGCCGACCCUGAUGCAGUCGUUGGAGGGCACCCCGGUGCUGGUUCACACGGGACCCUUCGCUAACAUCGCGCACGGCUGCUCCUCAAUCCUCGCUGAUAAGAUCGCCAUGAAACUUGCCGGAGAGAACGGAUACGUCGCCACUGAGGCUGGCUUCGGAUCUGAUAUUGGUAUGGAGAAGUUCUUUGACAUCAAGUGUCGUGCAAGUGGCGACCGGCCUCACUGCGCCGUCAUCGUGUCGACAGUGCGUGCCCUGAAGAUGCAUGGCGGCGGCCCACCGGUCUCCCCGGGAUUGCCACUCCAUGAUGUAUAUGUACAGGAAAAUUUGGAGCUUUUGAGCAAAGGACUGUGCAACUUGGGAAAACACAUAAGCAACGGAAAGAAGUUUGGUGUUCCAGUCGUCGUGGCUAUCAACAAACAUGGAAACGACACAGACGCUGAAAUCAACAUGGUGAAAGAGUUCGCUCUGAAGAACGGUGCCUUCAGGGCCGAGCUUUGCGACCACUGGGCCAAGGGUGGUCUUGGAGCCCUGGAGCUCGCUGACGCCGUCAUCGACGCCUGCGAGAACAGCUCCAAGUUCGACUAUCUGUACCCCCUGGGCAUGUCAAUCCAGGACAAGAUCAAGGUCAUCGCGACGGAGAUGUAUGGAGCAGGACAAGUCGAGUACACUGACGAAGUGCUGGAAAAGAUCAAGAUAUUUACAAGCAAGGGUUACGACAAGUUCCCUAUCUGCAUGGCGAAGACAUCCAACUCUUUGACUGGCGACCCGUCGGUGAAGGGCGCUCCCACUGGCUUCACUCUACGUAUCAACGACAUCUUCGCGUCUGUCGGCGCUGGUUUCGUCGUCCCCAUGGUCGGCGAGAUCUCCCGCAUGCCCGGCCUGCCCACCAGACCCAGCAUCUACGACAUAGACCUCAACACCAAGACUGGAGAAAUCGAGGGACUCUUCUAAAGACGCUAUGUACCUAUAAAUUUAAGGAUUAAUGUUUUAUAAUCAAUGUUAAUAAAUAUGUUUAUAUAA